AUGAUAAUAUAUAUAAUUUUGGUAAGUGUGGGAUAUGCGUAAUUCGGAUAUGUGCAGGAGGUGAUGAAUUAGUUGGUAGACUAGGAAUGCAGUCUGAAAAAUAGAAUAGCUUAUGGACAAUAGAAACUUCAUUAGUUGACUGGAAUGUACUUUUGCGAUUCAUAUGCAAAGAGAACAUGUUGCAGCUAACAAAAUCUGGAGGAGUUGAAAUUUAAAUGGUACAGAGAAUAGCAAUUAGCAGUAGAACUCAGUCAGUAGUGUUAGGAAAUAUUUACUAAGACCAUUUGUUCAGAUUGUGAUGGCGAUAUUGGAUAACAAAUAAGAGUUGGGUUCUGCCCUCAUUAUUGCACCCAGAUGUAUUAGGCUUGUUGGAGAGACUUAUUCUAGUAUGAUGAAAAAACUCAGAAAUUGAGACUUUGCUAUUAAAAUGACGUGUUAUGUUCUGAAUUAAGAAAUAUUGUGAAUAAUGGGGAUCAAUUCUGCACUUCAUUAGGAUACAAAGUGAAUUCCUAUUCGGAUAGAGAGGAAUGGAUGGAGAAUAAGUAUUUGAAUCUAUCCACAAUGCCCUUGUGUUGGGAUGGCACUCCUUCCCAUAGAAUUUGGAGUUCUGGCACCAAAUUACCAGAAACGAAGGUGGGUGGAAGGACCAAGAAACAAAAUAACAACGAGGAGUAAAAAUCUUACUUAAGAUUUUACGUUUUCGCUGGUUUAGCUUUAGUAGUGGUUGGAUUUUUUAUUGCAAAAAAAAAAGUAUUGUUUUGGAAAUGA